AUGCGGACGUCUAAAGUGGUUCAUGCCAAACACUUCAAACUCCUCGUCGUUGGCGGCGGUGCGGGUGGUCUUGGUGCGGCGAGCAAGUUCGCUCGAAAGCUGCCACGUGGCAGUGUCGGAAUUAUUGAACCACGAGAGGAUCACUAUUACCAACCCGGUUUCACCCUGGUCGGUGGUGGCCUAAUGACUCUAGAUGCAAAUAGAAGACGUCAGGAAGAUCUGAUCCCAAAGAAUGCCACGUGGAUUCGCGAUAAAGUGGAGGCAUUUGAACCGGUGAAGAAUUUGGUGAAGUUGAGAGAUGGAGAGGAAAUCAGCUAUGAUUAUAUGGUCAUUGCUAUGGGAAUCCAGUUAAGAUUUGAUAUGAUAAAAGGAGCCAAAGAAGCUCUGAAAACUCCAGGGGUGUGCUCCAACUACUCACCAUUCUAUGUGGAGAAACACUACAGAGAAGCGAUGAAUUUUAAGGGUGGAAAUGCAGUGUUCACCUUCCCAAAUACACCAAUAAAAUGUGCAGGAGCCCCGCAAAAAGCUUGUUAUAUCACUGAUUCAAUCCUCAGACAACGAGGAGUCCGGGAUAAGGCUCAUAUGAUUUAUGCGACCAGUUUGAAAAGGCUCUUCGGAAUCGAAAGUUACUUGAAAUCGCUGGAAAAAGUUGCCAAAGAAAAGAAUAUAGACGUUCGGACGAGGAGAAAUCUGAUUGAAGUGGAUUCGGAAAACAAAAUGGCCACUUUUGAGUUUUUGGAUGACGAUGCGAAGCCGACAGGAAAGACGGAAAGGGUUGAGUACUCCCUGCUCCAUAUUGGACCACCUUGCUCAGCUCCAGAAGCUCUUCGAAAAUCGCCAUUCGCUGAUAAAACUGGAUUCAUGGAUGUGGAUGUUGCUUCGUUGCAGUCCAAAAAAUUCCAAAACGUAUUCGGAGUUGGUGACUGUAUGAAUACACCAAAUGCCAAAACAGCAGCAGCAGUAUCUUCUCAUCUAAAGACCAUCGAACAGAAUUUGACGCAGGUUAUGCAGGGGGAACAGCCGUGUAUGGAGUACGAUGGCUACGCUUCGUGUCCAUUGGUUGUCAGUACAAACCGAGUGGUUUUGGCGGAGUUCAACUCAAAAGGAGCCAUGGAAACGACGCCAUUCGAUCAAUCGAAACCAACAUAUUGGGCGUACCUAAUGAAACGAUACUUUAUGCCAGCACUAUAUUGGAAUGGGUUGAUUAAGGGUUAUUGGAAUGGACCUGCGACGAUUCGGAAUUGUUCGAGAUUAGUGAAAUCGAAGUGA